AUGAUCUCGAAACCAACUCUUCGCAUCGGCAGCGUCUCGUCCACAACGGGUGACAACCCGCAUGCCAUGGCCCGCAUGGUCCAACACGGCAAUGUCGACGUUAUAAUUGGGGAUUGGCUCUCGGAGAUGAACAUCGCUUGGAACGCCAUCGUGAAACAGCAGAAUCCGGACCUAGGCUACGAGAGAGGUUUUCUGGAGCAGCUGGAAGAGUGCCUGGACGAUAUUGUGGCACGGGGCCUGAAAGUGGUCACCAAUGCUGGCGCACUGAACACCCGCUCGCUCGCCCGGGAGGUCCGCCGCCUCUGCAGGUCAAGAGGGUAUGAUGUGCCCGUUGCGGCCGUGCUGGGUGAUGAUGUGCCCAACGUCGUCAGCCAGCUCGGCCAGGCUCGCAGUAAGUUCAGGCACCUCGACCACGAGGAAAAGGAGCUAGACGACUGGGAGCUAAAGCCGGUCUGCGGUGCAGCAUACAUUGGGUGUCGGGGGAUCGUGGAAGCACUGCACUCAGGGGCGCAGAUCGUCAUCUGCGGGCGAUGUACGGACGCGUCGCCGCUCAUGGGGGUCUCAGCCUGGCACUUCCAGUGGUCGGAGGAUGACUACAACGCCAUGGCGGGCGCACUAGUCGCAGGGCAUCUGACCGAGUGCGGGCCGUACGUGACAGGAGCCAACUUCACCGGGUUCAAGGAGAUUCUGGACGACUUGGUGGACCUGACGUUUCCGAUCGCGGAGAUCAAUAAUAAAGGAGAGUGUAUUGUGACAACUCUGUCCGUCGGUGGCGGUCGCGUCACGGAAGACACUGUCCGGGCGCAGAUCCUCUAUGAGCUACAGGGCCACCUGUAUCUGAAUCCGGAUGUAGUUGCUGACUUGUCGCAAAUCAAAGUCGAAGCGGAGCCCGGCACGCGCGAUCGCAUUCGUAUAUCCGGUAUCAAGGGCCUCCCGCCCCCACCGACGACGAAGGUCAUGUUCACCGCGCCAGGGGGCUACCAAGCCGAAGCCACUUUCUAUAUCAACGGUCUCGAUAUCGAAGAGAAAGUGAAAAUGAUAAGACGCCAGCUCGACUAUAUCUUCAAGGACCACAAAUUCAGUAAGCUCAGCAUCGAACUGUACGGGACGUCACUCGAGGACCCUGUGAGUCAACAGGCCGGGACGAUCUUCUUCCGCAUCUUCGCCCAAGCCCGACAACUGGAGGACAUCAGUGCGGCGAAGUUCAAGAUCCCCAUCUAUGCCCUCCGAAUGCAGGCCUACCCUGGCUACCACAUGAACUUGGAUUUCCGCACCAUGGACCCAAGGCCUUUUAUGGAGAUCUUUCCGGCCCUCAUCCCACAGGAGGCGGUCAAAGUCCAAGUCGAGCUAGAAGACUCCGGACGGCUGAUCGAUAUCCCUCCUCCGCAGAGGACGGCGGAGUACCCGCGGAUCCGGCCGUCAUACGAGACGGCGAACCCUGUCGACCUAAUGAGCUUCGGGCGGACGAGAAAGGUGCCCUUGGGAUCUAUCGUGCACGCUCGAUCGGGUGACAAAGCUGACAAUUCAAACAUCGGCUUCUUUUCCCGCUCCCAGUACGACGAUGAAUACGACUGGCUGAAAGCCUUUUUGACCGUCGAGAGACUCAAACUUCUCCUUGGGGACGACUGGUACAAUGGCGACACGUCGAGACGUGUCGAACGCGUGGAAUUCGUCGGCAUCAAGGCCGUGCACUUUCGAAUCCUGGACAAUCUUUCGGGAGGUAUCGCCUCCUCGAAGCGUAUUGACGGGCUAGGCAAAGGCAUUGGCGAGUUCUUGAGGAGCCGCUUUGUAGAUGUGCCACUGACGUUUCUCGAGCGAGGUCGCAUUUCCUAG